GUUUGGUGCACCGACUAGCAAGAACAAGCGAACAGAUGAACAACAUUGCAGCAAAUCCAUCAGGGGAAGCCUCGCGCCGCGCCAAAUCCACCGCGAAACCCCGAGGCGAGCGCGCGCGCCCUACCCACCUCCUCCACCGCCGCCGCCGCCGCCGGCCCCUCAAUCAGGGGCGUCGUCCGAGAAGACGCGUGUGGCGACGGGAGGGCGGCCGCGGCACGAGAUGGAGACUGGGGAGGCGGCGGUGCCGCCCAGGGCGACCAGCGGGCGGAGGUACAAGGCGCUCACAACGUGGCGCUUCCAGCGCGGCUUCGUCAGGAAGCAAGCCAAGACCCCCGCCGCCGCGCCCAGAGGCCGUGGCGGUGCGCCGGUGGGCGGUUCUGGCGCCAAGCGUUCCAGAUCGGCGUCGGUGGUGGGGAGCGGCGCCGCUCGUCCCGCCGCCCCAGCAGACAGGCGCGCCCGUCCGCCGCCCCUGCAUCUCCCCCCUCCCCCCCACCGCUCCGCCGCCCCUGCAUCUCCCCCCUCCCCCCCCAUCGCGCGUGCGACCGCCGCCCCUCUGCUCCCGCUCGCGAGAAAGGAAAAAAUGGUUACCUUGGGCGGCGGCCGGAGAGGAGACGCGACGGCGACCUUGGGCGGCGGCCGGAGAGGGGCGACGGCGACCUUGGGGAGGCGGCCGGAGAGGAACGGGAGCGGGAGCGGGAGGCUUUUUUCUCUUCUUUUCCCUUCUGUUCGCGAGAGCCCACGAGCGUGGUUCGGUCGUGUUUACUCCCAUGCCAGGUAUGCUCGUGGGAGCGACGUGUAUAGGUACACGACCUGA